CCUCGUUAUCAAAAUGGGCACGAGGGUUCAAUUUUCUCGCAACACAAAUACCUCAGCACAACAGUGGGUAAUUAAUCUAAUUUAUAGGAGUGGGAUUCGAACUCGAGUAUAAGGAGGCAGGCUCACUUCAGGCUCACUGUGUGGAAGUUAGAGCUAACGAAUGUUUUAAGGUUGAGAGGCAGCAUCUUUUAACGCCCUCUUCCCUUCCCGUUGAAGCUACGAGCUAGAAAGAGCUUUCAUUCAAGCAGAAAAAGAAAAGGCAACCACCAGAGGUUCGUCAGAUCCAUUUGUCGGUACAUCAGAGUCUGCAGUGAUUCUGUUGCAGCAAACAUACAUGGCUGUACCUGUAGCCAUGGAGAAAACCAACACUGAGAAAGAAGAACAUGAUAAUAAACCCUACAUUCUGCAAUUGCCAGACCACAUAACAGUGCAUAUCUUCUGCAAAGUCCCAAUCAAAACCCUCAUCCAAUGUCAGUGUGUGUGCAAGUCUUGGCGCCAUUCGCUCUCAGACCCCUACUUUACCAAAGACCUAUUUUCACGAACACCUCCUUCCUUUUUGUUCCAUGGUUUAAGCGGUGGCCCCAUAAACCCCAAAUCAGAGGGCUACUUAUUGGUUGACCUCAAUAAGAUCUCAAGCCCCAACGAUUUCACACUCAAGCUGUAUAAAGAUCCUAAUGUCCAGAACCUUCGUGUGGGAAUUUUGGGUUCUUGCAAUGGUUUGCUCUGCAUAUAUGAAUUGAACCGCCGCUGUUUUUACAUAUCCAAUCCCAUAACUAGUGAGUCUUUAGCCCUUCCAACACUAUCAUUGUCUCCCCUUACUAUCGCCUAUUGUGAGCGUGAGAGAAUUGAUAAUCCAUAUUAUUGUGGAUUUGGGUAUAGUCCCAUCAGCAAUGCCUAUAAAGUUGUUCUGUAUCUGUCUUCAAGCGGUAAAUCUCAUGAAUAUGAAGUUUUGGUUUUGACUGUUGGGUCGAGGAUUUGGAGAAGCAUUGGGAAUGUUUCUGUGUUCCCUUCCUCUCGGUUUCAACCGUAUGGGGUUUAUGUUAAUGGAUUUCUUCAUUGGGUUGGUCAGUAUGGGAAUAGUUCUACUUUGAUAUGUGCCUUUGAUGUUGAAAGCGAGUGUUUCCAGCAGUUAUCACUGCCGCCUUAUGAUUUGGAUGUACAGCUACCGGCUAAUUGUUUAGAUUUCCUAGACACUCAAUUUACCCUUGGAGUCUUGAAUGGUUCCCUCUCUGUAACUGUUCGAUCUCGCUCAAGAAGUAAUAUCACUGUUUGGCUGAUGAAGGAUUAUGGCAUUCAUGAGUCUUGGACCAAAGAGCUUGAAAUUAGCAGCGACAUACUUGGUUCUCCAUCUUUUUCUCGAGUAUUGAAGUUUACAGAGGACGGGCAAGUCUUGCUUUUAAAUGGGUCUUACUUGCAGGCUUAUACUCCUGGAACAAGGAGUGUUGUGACCAUUGAGGUUGAUGGAAUACCAUCUUUGGUUGAUGAAUGCGUCCAUAUUCCAAGCUUUGUUUCACUCAGAGGUGUCAUCACCGGUUAGGGCUCGAAGGGAUACCGUCAUUGGUUGAUGAAUGUGUCCAUAUUUCAAGCUUUGUUUCACUCAGAGGUGUCAUUGCCGGUUAGAGCUCGAAGGGAUAUCAUCAUUGGUUGAUGAAUGUGUCCAUAUUUCAAGCUUGUUUCAAUUAGAGGUGUCAUUGCCGGUUAGAGCUCGAAGGGAUACCAUCAUUGGUUGAUGUAUGUGUCCAUAUUUCAAGCUUUGUUUCAUUCAGAGCUGUCAUUGCAGGUUAGAGUGCAAAGGUAAUAUACGUCAAUGCUACUUGGGGAAUUGUUCUUUCUUGCCAUGUGCAAUUUUAACUUCAAAGUCUUUUCAUUGCUGAUAGGUUGCUCAAUUACUAUAGUUAUGUUUACUUUUCCAAUUAGUCGAAGAUAAUCCUUGGUGUUAAUUUGUCUCCAUUUGAUUUUGAUUUAUUCAUUUUUCUUAC